AUUCGGAAUAAUAUUUUCGUGAGCACAAACCAGAAUUUAAUCUGAGCAGCUGAGAUGAUUUUUGAGUCAGUAUCAAACAAGUUUUAUUGAGUGACAUCAACAUGAGAUUUACAUUCCAAAAAGUUUUUAUUUUGCUGGCUUUUGUAGCUGAAAUUCGUGGAUUAGAAUUGAAGACAAUUCACGACACAUUUGAUGAAGUUUUUGUGAUAAAGUUGAUGUUGCCAGAGGAUGACUUAGUCAGGCAAUUACUGAAUCAAUUCAAUGAAACCUGCAUGGCUGAAUACAUGCAAUUAUCAAAAUAUGGCGGGAAACUAGUGAACGAAUUCGAACAGAACUUAUUAGUCGAUUCUGCAUCUUAUAUGUGCACUGGAAGUGCUGCUGAUCAGCUCAGUAAAACACUAAAGGUAAACACACUCAAGUCAUUUAAUCUUGAUGAAGACGAUGACUUCAUAGCAUGUUUGUCAUCAAAACUACUCACAUUAGAGCCAACAACAAAACUUGCUGUUUAUGACAGAACAAAAACUUGCAAAACCAGUUUUGUCAAUUUUUUGCCAGAACAUCUGAAGAGUUAUCUCAAAAACACAAAUGCACAAGUUACGAAAUCAACGUGUGACCAGAUAACAGCUGACUACAACACCAAAAUUUUUGUCAAGCAAUAUUUGUUGUUAUUGAAAAAUGUUGAAGCAAAUCUCAAGAAGAAUGAGGAUGAACAAUUGCUUAAGCAAAUGAAAUUUAUGUGGAAGGUUGGAUAUCAUUGUAUGUUUAAUAGAUUUAAGAAUGAACAUUAAAUAAAUUAAUUCUUAAAAAUAAAUUUAUUUUGAGAAAAAA